UGGAGGUUGUAUCUUAUCAGUGACAAUCCUCACUAUAUAAUGGUGUCAAGCAUUGUGAUGUCACAUAUUGUGGAAGACAGUUGCAAAGCAUUGUUUAACAAGAUACAGUUUGCUGUGAAAAAUCUACCAUGGCGGCCUGGGAUCCAAGUCAAGCAAAAGCUGCAGCGUGUUAUCUAAGGUUAGAUCCCAAAGAUAUGAUGGAGAUUCAGUCGCAACCUUUCGUGGGGAAGAAAGCGGUAUGGAUUCCGUGUAAAAAGGUAGUUUAUCGCAAAGGGGAAAUUAUUGGACCUUCCGACAAAAAAGAUUGCAAACUCGUUCUUGCGGAAAAUGGGGACGAAGUUCAUGUUAAAGAAGACAACAUCGAUGAACAAAACCCUCCCAAGUUCACCCUCAUUGAAGACAUGGCGAACAUGACGUAUCUUAACGAACCAUCUGUGCUUAAUAACCUCAAACUAAGAUACGAAAAGUUUCUCAUUUAUACCUACUCUGGUUUGUUCUGUGUCACGAUCAACCCGUACAAACUCCUCCCUGUCUACGAAACAUACGUUGUGGGUUGCUAUAAAGGGAAACGAAGAGCGGAGAUGCCGCCCCAUAUUUUCUCCAUCGCUGAUAAUGCUUAUAAUGAUAUGUUGCGAAAUCGCGAAAAUCAAUCUAUGCUCAUCACAGGUGAAUCGGGGGCAGGGAAAACAGUGAACACGAAACGAGUGAUUCAAUAUUUUGCUACGGUUGCUGCUUUGGGUGACGCAAAGGUGGAAGAUGGGAAGAGUACUAAAGGCACGCUUGAAGACCAAAUCAUCCAAGCCAACCCAGCCAUGGAAGCUUUCGGUAACGCCAAGACGAUAAGAAACGAUAAUUCAUCGAGAUUUGGCAAAUUUAUUCGGAUUCAUUUUGGAACAACAGGAAAGCUCGCUUCUGGUGAUAUAGAGACAUACCUACUGGAGAAAUCGCGCGUUAUCUUUCAACAACCAGGCGAACGAGGGUUCCAUAUUUUCUACCAAAUUAUAUCGGGAGCUAAACCCGAACUGCUGGAGAACCUUCUGAUAACGACCGAUCCGUACGAUUACAAAUACAUGUCGCAAGGUGACGUGGCAGUGGCGAGCAUCGACGAUGCCGAUGAGUUGAAUGCUACGGACACAGCGUUUGACGUGCUGGGUUUCUCGCAAGACGAGAAGAACGGGAUUUAUCGCAUCAUGGGCUCGAUUAUGCACACGGGAAACAUGAAGUUCAAACAAAAACCCCGUGAGGAGCAAGCGGAAGCCGAUGGAACGGAAGAUGCCGAUAAAGUGACCUACCUGCUCGGGAUAAAUUCCGCAGAAUUCGUGAAAUCCAUCCUUUCACCGAGGGUUAGAGUUGGAAACGAUUACGUUACUAAAGGACAAACCGUGCAACAAUGCUACUACUCCACUGGUGCGCUGUCCAAGGCGGUUUACGAGAAGCUAUUCAACUGGUUGGUGAAACGAAUCAACGAAACAUUAAGCACGAGGUUGCCACGAAGUUUCUUCAUCGGCGUCCUCGAUAUCGCUGGGUUUGAAAUAUUUGAUUUCAACAGCUUCGAGCAACUGUGUAUUAACUUCACGAACGAAAAGCUUCAACAAUUCUUCAAUCAUCACAUGUUCGUAUUGGAACAAGAAGAAUACAAGCGGGAGGGAAUUGAUUGGGUUUUCAUCGAUUUUGGUCUCGAUCUUCAAGCUUGUAUCGAACUUAUUGAAAAACCCCUAGGCAUCAUGUCCAUCCUUGAGGAGGAAUGUAUGUUUCCCAAAGCUACCGAUCUAACGUUUAAGGAGAAACUUUACAUGAACCAUCUUGGGAAAUCGAACAACUUCAUCAAGCCUCGGCCGCAGAUAAAGAGGAAGUUCGAAGCUCAUUUCGAACUUAUUCAUUACGCUGGAAUCGUUGGUUACAACAUCAGUGGUUGGUUGGAGAAAAACAAGGAUCCGCUGAAUAACUCGGUCGUUGCGCUUUAUAAAAAGUCGUCGCUGAAGGUGUUGGCAAUGAUAUGGGAGAGUUAUGUAUCUCCGGAGGAAGCGAUGGCGAACAAGAAGUCGUCAGGCAAGGGAGGGGGUCGGAGACAGAAAGGGGGUUCGUUUCAAACCGUGUCGUCGUUACAUCGGGAAUCAUUGAACCGUUUGAUGACGAACCUCCGUUCCACUCAACCACACUUCGUGCGUUGCAUUAUUCCCAACGAGAUGAAAAAGCCGGGAUAUUUGGACAACGCGCUGACGUUGCACCAACUUAGGUGUAACGGUGUGUUGGAGGGAAUUAGGAUUUGCAGGAAAGGAUUCCCGAGCAGGAUCCUCUACGCCGAGUUUAAACAAAGGUAUCGAAUAUUAAACCCGGCAUCGAUCCCCGACGGACAAUUCCUCGACAGCAAGAAAGCCACGGAAAAGUUGAUGGCAUCACUGGAACUGGAUGUUGCGCAAUAUAGAUUCGGCAACACUAAGAUAUUCUUCAAAGCUGGAAUGUUGGGAACGCUAGAAGAUAUGAGAGAUGAAAGGUUGACGAUCAUAAUCACGAGAAUGCAAUCGAGGGGGAGGGGAAAGCAGAUGAGGGUCGAGUUUAAGAAGAUGUUAGAACGAAAACAAGCAUGCUCGUUGAUCCAAGCAAACAUACGUGCGUAUCUCGCCGUUCGUAACUGGGUGUGGAUGCGAUUGAUGUUUAAGAUCAAACCACUUCUUAAAUCGGCCGAGAACGCCAAGGAGAUGGAACAAAUAGAGAAAGAAAAAGCCGACCUUGAGGAAAAUUAUGAACGAGAGAAGAAAAGAAGGCAAGAGUUGGAAGAUUCGCAAGUCUCGUUGAUUCAGGACAAGAAUGAUCUUGUGCUCCAACUUAAUGCUGAACAAGAAAACCUUCAAGAUGCCGAAGAUAGAUGUGACCAACUUAUCAAGUCUAAAGUUGAAAUGGAAUCCAAACUUAAAGAUUUAUCGGAGCGUUUGGAAGAUGAGGAGGAAGCGAACAACGAUAUUUUGUCAAAGAAACGGAAACUUGAAGAUGAAUGUUCGGAGUUGAAGAAAGAUAUCGAUGAUUUGGAGUUGACGUUGGCUAAAGUGGAAAAGGAGAAGCACGCAACUGAGAAUAAGGUUAAAAACUUGAAUGAAGAAGUUUCAACGUUGGAGGAAAGUCUGGAACGUUCAAACAAAGAAAAGAAAUCUCUCCAGGAGGCGCACCAGCAAACUUUAGACGAUCUUCAGCAGGAGGAAGAUAAAGUUAACAGUUUGUCGAAACAUAAAAGUAAAUUGGAACAACAAGUAGAUGAUCUCGAAGCCUCGUUAGAACAAGAGAAGAAAAUAUUAAUGAGCGAGUUAGAAGAGAUGCGAUCUGGGUUGGAGCAAGCGGAGCGCGCAAGGAAAGCUGCCGAGGCCGAGUUGAUGGAAGUUGCGGAACGUUCCAAUUUACUUCACACACAAAACACGGCGCUGAUCAACCAGAAGCGGAAACAAGAAUCCGAGAUCGUUCAAAUAAGAGGGGAGGUAGAAGAACUCAGUGAGGAACAACGACAUGCAGAGGAGAAAGCUAAGAAAGCUAUUAUUGAUGCAGCCAUGAUGGCAGAGGAAUUGAAGAAAGAACAAGAUCAGUCGUCUCAUCUUGAACGAAUGAAGAAGAAUUUGGAACAAACGAUUAAAGAUCUUCAAAUGAGAUUGGACGAAGCUGAGCAAGUUGCUUUGAAGGGAGGGAGGAAGCAAGUUCAUAAGUUGGAAACCAGGGUUCGCGAGCUGGAGAACGAGCUCGACAGCGAACAACGACGCAGCGUUGAAGUAACAAAAGUGAUGCGUAAAAGUGAGCGUAGAAUGAAGGAGGUGACGUACCAAGCCGAUGAAGAUAAAAAGAACUUGGUUCGGAUGCAAGACUUGGUGGAUAAGUUGCAAGUUAAAGUAAAGACAUAUAAACGUCAAUGCGAGGAAACAGAGGAGCAGGCCAACUUAAACCUCGCUAAAUAUCGAAAGUUACAACACGAGUUGGAUGACGCGGAAGAAAGAGCAGAAGUUGCCGAGUCAUCUUUGAAUAAACUACGAGCCAAAGCACGAGAUGGAACGUCGUUUGCUAAUUAUAAAGAUUAAUCUCACCGCUGGAUGGCGCAUGUGGUGCAUGAUGUUUAAUACACGACAACAUAAUA